ACUUGACCCUGACAAGAUUCAGCAUCCCUACAUCAGAAAUCAUGCGUCAGACUCGCGUCCCCUCGUUUCACAUCACGUCGCGGUGUCAAGUUUUGAGCUUUCCUGCCUCCGGAGAGAGACAGAAUCCUCAUCAGCUGUGACAGCGCAGAGAGAGGUGAGGCAAACCAUGUGACUGCGGGGUAUCAGGAGAGAUUAGUGAAUAGUGAUAUCGUCGACUUCACUGCAGCUCAUCAGUCGCUUGCGAACCUGCGAUGGCACUGCUUCCACAAUCCGUGGAAGCAGAACACUUUGACGGUCUUUCACUCCUCUACUGGACAAUAAUGGGACCUCAUGGCAUCAAUCGUGCUGUGGAAAGACUAGAGUUUACAGACUGUAAAAAAGGACUUGGCGUGAAGAUUAUUGGGGGCUACAGGGGACAGAGCGGUGAAGAGUUCGGCAUUUUCAUUAAACGCAUUUUGCCAGGUGGCGUCGCGGCACAGGACGGGCGUCUCAGACCAGGGGACCUCAUUUUAGAUGUCAACAACAUGAAUUUACGGGGUGUUACGAAUGAAAAGGCAGUGGAGGUUCUUCGAAUGGCAUCAGCUACAAAUCACAUGUCUUUACUGGUAGUACGUGACGACGCUUCCAGGAGGGAAUUUACUGAAUUAAUGGAAAAGUAUGGCUCCAGCAGUAGUACCAGUUCUGGAUCAGACACCUCUGUUUCCACAGGAAAGAUGACAGACACAGCGUCCUCCUCCUCAUCUUCUAGAUCAACCAGUCCUCUGCUUCUGAGUCCUAAAGAACCAAGCCCAGUGUACACCACCGCCUGCAUCAACUCCCCAUCUCCACAAGUCUGCACAGACUGCAUGAUUCAAUUGAUUUGUGUUGCCAAAGGGACGGGGUUAGGCCUGGUCAUCAGGGGCGGAGCUAAUCGUGCAGAGGGGCCAAUGGUGUUCGUUCAGGAAAUAAUUCAAGGAGGCGACUGCCAAAAAGACGGGAGGCUAAAGUCCGGGGACCAGCUUAUAUCCAUCAACAAGGAGUCACUUGUUGGAGUAACACAUGAAGAAGCCAAAAGCAUACUUACUCGAACCAAACUCAGACCAGACCCUACAGUAGAAAUCGCAUUUAUCAGACGAAGAUCUUCGUCAGGCUCCAGCAGUGGACCACACAGCCCUAUCUCCCUUCAACCCUCCUGCAGUACAAAUCAUCCAGCUCCCCAAACCAAGCCCUCUGGACUGAGUGGAGCAGCUUUACCUGGAGGCCUCGUUCCCAAAAUAGCCAACACUCCCAAUUCUGGAAGUGAGACGUUGCCUUCUGUUGAACUUACUAAGGUACGAGCAGCAACAGGGAAGCCUGUUCUUGCCCCCGUGACCUCACCUGAGAGUGCCUGCACCACAGUGGCCAACGCUGAUGCAUCCGCUGCCUGUAACCCCAGCAGACCCUCCAAACCUCUGUGCUCCGUCCAAAGCUUCGAACUCAAGCCCGAAAAAAUCGACCAGACUUUGGAGGUGCUUGGAUUGAAGCCGGCUGAUUCUCAGGUCUUGACGCUGAGAGAAAGACUGCGUUUAAAUGCUGGAGGGACAGUGGCUUAUGGAGAUUUUGAUACAGUGACAAAGGAACUUUUUAAACAACCGUCCAAGUUGGAUUCAGAACAGGAAGUAGCAAGAUUGACAUCAGAUGAUCUCAUUGAGUCUCCAUCAAACCCUACGCCAUCAUUAUCAGACUCUGAUGAUCUGGAUGAGAUGGAGAGGCUAAGGAAAGAGCACAUCGAGGCCUUGAGGGAGCUCAAGGGACUGCAGGAUAAGCUGGCAGAAUCCGAGAGCCUUAAUCAUAAGAUGCUGCAGGAACUGACAAAAGUUAAACAGGACGCAAAAUCUGCAGUGGAGGAGAGUCGAUCCCUGCGGACGCGGAUUCAUCUGGCAGAGGCUGCACAGAAACAGGCCCGGGGAAUGGAGAUGGACUACGAAGAGGUCAUCCACCUCCUGGAGGCUGAGAUAGCUGAGAUGAAGUCUCUAAAAACUGAACAACCCAGUCAGGAAAAGGAGGAUCUACAAGAUCUGAAAAAAAGGAUAUCUGUUCUUGAAUGCCAGUUACGGAAGAGUGAAGUAGCAAAGAAGGGGUUUCAAGUCUCCACGGGUAAACUUCUGCAGUUUGUAGAGGCUGUCCAAAGCUUCUUGUCUGAAAAUCCAAGCGCUUCGAGAGGUCAUAGUUCUCAUUACGAUGUGAAGUCAGGCACAUUGUCUCAGACUGUGGCGUCUCGUGGUGUGAAGAAAACACCCUGCACAGCUUCUUCUCUCUCCGUAGAAGCUAAAGAACUGACUCAAACUGUCAGAAGCAUUUUAGAGCUGGACUGUUUACCUUUUGGAUGGGAUGAGGCAUACACUUCAGAUGGAGUGAAAUACUACAUAAACCAUGUAACUCAAACAACAUCAUGGACGCACCCAGUGACGAGAUCUUUGGGUUUGUCAGAUCCAGGAACUAGCGAUCAUCCAACCUUGGACUCUCCAGAAUUCACCGCCUAGACCGAAUCCCAAAAACGACAACAACAACCCAUACAAAGCAGCAAAAAAAAAAAAACAAACUGCAUGUGCAUCGUAGAAAAUGCCUCCACAUUCAUUGUCAAUGGUUGUCAACAUACAGUACAGAAGAUGUUGAAAUAGGCAUCAAUAUAAAACCGUCCCAAUGACUCUCAAAAAGCUCGUUGAUGGCUUGAGAAUUCACAUUGGAGUCUGGAGUUUUCAAUGUGUUUAUGUCUGUUUUUCUGACAUUUUAGGAGUUUCCCAUCAUACGUUGAUCUCUUUUUAUUCUGCACCUUGAUGAAAACAAUGGACAGACUUGAUCUGUCUUCCGACUUUUCAGAAGUUCAACAGAACUGCACUUGUUUGAAGUAAAAAAAAAAAGUGGCCUCUUGGGUGAAGCAGGAACUUUUGGAGGAAUGCGGUGAGUUGGUCAGGAUGGACGCUUUCUGUGAUGUUCAUUCAAUUCAGCUUGUGUUUGCUGCGCUUGCUGAAAACAUUUGUUCGUAGAUUUGUUGAAACUGGAAUUUGUUUACUUUUUCAGACUUCCUCGCAGCAGCUAAGCUCUGGGAAUCGUUGCACGUAAUUGUUCUCCAUUUACAGUUCCCUCCACUAACAUUGGCACCCUUGGCAAAUAUGAGCAAAGAUUUGUUCGAAAUAUUAACAGAAA